CCCGGGCACGCCGCCGGUCGAGCAAAUAGCUGCCCCAGAGCCGCUCUACUACGCAUUAUAAGCGCACGAGCAUAACUCUGGCUGAGCGCAAGCAGCUCUGACGAGGGCUUCCGGCAGAAGGGCAGCAGCCACAACCUUCGGGCUGCCCGCAAAAAAGCCAUCACAAGCAAGCGCGCGGCGUCACAAAAAAGGCCAGACCAUGCGCUCGCCGGUGCGCACAACGACGAAGUCGCCGCGCCCAUCCUCGCCGCGCCCCCAGCAGCAACAACCGCCGCCACCACCGCCGUGGCGCCUGUGGUUCGUCGGCCUGCUCUGCGCGUUCGCGGUCGUCAUUGCCAUCGAGCGCGGCGGCGGCGCCGCGCUCGACGCGGACCCGAUCCUGAACGAACCGAUUGGACCGGAGUCGAACCCGCAGCUCCGGCGGCGCAAGAAGCCGCGCGUGUCGCUGACGAAGCAGGCCAAGAACUACCUGACGAAGCACGCGCGGCUCUACCGGCUCGGGCACUACGUGCGCACGCACUCCGCGGGCCUGCACCACAAGAGCGGCGCCGCGGCGAGCGCCGCUCGCGUGGAAAGGGCGCGCGCCCGCGUGACAAGGCGGCACUACGGCUGGCUCGCGUACCGCGGCAUGGCGCCCGUGUACCUCCUCCUGCUGGUCGCGCUGACGCUCUGGAUGGGCCUCCUCCUGGAGGAGCGGACGCUGCCGGCGCUGCGGCGCCUGUGCCGCGCGGCGCAGAUGACCGAGGACGCCGCGGGCGCGACGGUCCUGGCCCUCGCGACGGGCGGCUUCGAGGUGCUCUUCUCCACGGUCGAGACCGUCGAGGGCCGCGUCGGCGUCGGGCUGAACUUCGUGCUCGGCUCGGGCGUCGUGAACUUCGGGCUGCUGCCCGCGAUCGUCGCGCUCGCCGCCGCGCGGGCGAAGCACGCCCUCCCCCUCGAACUCGACCGCCUGCCCGUGCUUCGGGACGGAGCGUUCGCGCUGGCGGCGUUCGCCGCGCUGCUCGUCGUCGUGCGCGACGGCCGCGCGACGCUGGGCGAGUCGCUCGCCCUGCUCGGCCUGUGGGCGCUGCACGUCUUCUGCUGCCUGCGCGGCCCGAGGAAGCGGCGGCCGGCGCCGGACGACGUCGAGGAGGGCGUGGAGCUCGUGGUGCGCACGCCGUCGAAGCGGUCGAACGCGCACGAGUGGCCCGCGACGCCCGCGGCGGACGAGGACGACCGCGACGCCGCGGCGCCGCGGCGGGGGAUGCGGGAGCGGUUCCUGCGCCUGUCGCACGCGUGCCUGCCGCCCGCGCUGCCGGACGGCGGCAACGCCGGGUCCGAGCUGCGCGGCGCGAUCCGGGCGGCCGCGCCGACCUUGCUGGGGUCGGCGCUGUGGCUCGUGUUCCUGCUCCUCGUGCUGACGCGCCUCGCGGAUCUCCUCGCGCUCGCGGCGCGACUGCCGCUGGGCUUCGCCGGCGCCGUGUUUUUGCCCGCGGUCUAUGCCAUCCCCGACGUCCUCGUUUCGGCGGCCGUCGCGGCGCAGGGUCGCGGCCGCGCCGCGGUCUCCACGGUGCUGGGCGUGCAGGUCGUGACCGUGCUGCUCGGCGUCGGUCUGCCCUUCACGAUCCACAACGCGACCUCAAAGAGCGCGAUACGCAUCUCGGGAUUGGACUGCGAUCCCGCGCUGCGCUGGGGCGUCUUCGGCAUCGGUCUUACGUUCUGGGGCGCGUGCCUCGCGCCCAUCGCGCGCGGCCAUCCCCCAUGUUUCGGGGCUGGACAGGCGGCGCUCGUGUUCUCGGCCUACGUCGCGAUCACGGCGGCGGUGACGGCGCGGACGCUCUAAGUAUUGUUUAGUGAUCCUUAGCCCGGAGAGCAA